CAAACAUAAUAAUUCAGUCUCCCACUCUUGUUUGCUUCCUAAUUGUUCCCGAAUUCGCAUUGAACACUGUACGUCCAUCACAACUAGUAGAGUAAAACAUCGUGUUUGGAUAAACUCGUUUCGGUGCACGUCGACGAUUCUCAGGCUAUCUUAGCUUAGCUUCGUUGAACUUAGCACGCUAGCUGCUAACAAAGAAACAUUCGUCAUCGACACGCGGCUAAGGAGAGAUCAACCGUGAGUGUCAAGUUUCGUGAUUUGGUUUUUUUGUGAACAUGUGUGCAAAAAGCGUGAAAGAAGAAGAGUACGAGGACGAGUGUUGUCGAACAAAAGAGGACCACGAACGAGAACGCUUGGACGCAGUUUGUCCUGAGGAGCCACAAGAUGAACUACACAAAACAGCAGAUGUCGGUGAAAUCAACCUUUCUUCUGAGCAGCGGCAGCCAGUACUCGCUCAUAUUAAAGAGGAAGAGGAGCCAGAAUACUCCCAUGUAAAGGAGGAAGAGCAGGAGGCUGACGCCGCCGACUUUCCGUUGACUGUUGUCAUUGUUAAGAGUGAAGAUGAUGACCAAGACGAAGGUGAUGGAGAGCACUGUGAAGGAUCACAAGCAGACGGCUUCUUGGCGCCACUGUCAGAUAGCGACGACAUAACGUCGCACUCUUCUGACACGGGUGACGAUGGCCACUCGAACAACAUCAAAUUCAACACAUUAAACGUCACUGAUAAAAUCUUGGCUUCCGAUUUGGUGUGUUUGUUCUUUUUGAGUCCUGCAGAUGUCAGUGAAGAAUAUCUUCGUCCUGAGCAGCAGGGGCCAGAGUACGCACACAUGAAAGAGGAAGAGGAGUUGGGACGCCCCAAAAUUAAAGAGGAGGAGGAGCCAGAGCACCCCCGCAUGAAAGAGGAAGAUGAGCUGGAGAUGACCGACGUUAAAAAUGAAGAGCAGCAAGCUGAUAUCACCAACUUUCCAUUGACUGUCAUUGUGAAGAGUGAAGAUGACGGCGAAGGAUACGGUGAUGGAGACCACCGUGGAGCAUCACAAGCGAGCAGCCUCUCAGCGCCGCUGUCGGAAAGUGAUGACGUCACAUCAAGCUCUCCUAACACCGAUGAUGAACACUCUAAAGGUGCUACAGCAUGUCACACUGACAACAAAGCUGUGAAAUGUUCUCAGUGUGACAAAAUGUUUGACAACGAGUCCUCCUUGAAAAGACACGCAAGCACACACACUGCAGAAAAACCCUUUGCUUGCUCAGUUUGCGGUAAACGAUUUUUCGCUAAGAGACAUUUAAUAGCACACACGCGAACACACACUGGAGAAAAACCCUUUUCCUGCUCUGUUUGUGGUAAAAAUUUCGCUCAGAACGGACAUUUAACAGUACACAAAAGAACACAUACAGGGGAGAAAACUUUUGUAUGCUCAGUUUGUGGUAAAAGGUUCACUCAGAGAGGACAUUUAAUUGCACACACAAAAACACACACCAGGGAGAAAACGUUUGCCUGCUCAGUGUGUGGUAAAACAUUCACUCGGAAGGUGCAUUUAAACAAUCACAUAAGGAGUCAUACAGGAGAAAAAGAUUUCAGCUGCUCGGAUUGCGGUAAAAGAGUCACUCAUAAGGAUCGUUUGAACUCACACAUGAUAAUGCACAGUGGGGAGAAACCUUUUGCCUGUUCAGUUUGCGACAAAAGAUUCUCAAGAAAUGGGGAUUUAAGAACACACACAAGAAUACACACUGGUGAGAAACCGUUUGCCUGCUCAGACUGCACCUUAACUUUCAGUGAUCCUUCAGGAUUGGUUCAACACAGGACAACACACACUGGGGAGAAAAAGUUUGCGUGCUCCAUUUGUGGCAAAAGAUUCUCUCAUAGAGGCACGUUGAGAACACACACGCGAACACACACUGGUGAGAAACCAUUCAGUUGCAGUGUGUGUGAUAAACAAUUCCCCCAUAAGUAUCAAGUUAAGAAACAUAAGUGUACCAGUGAGAUAAGCACCGGUAAAUGAAAGUUUUUUUGUUUUUGUUUUUUAAAUUGUCAAAAAAAAAGUGUGACUCUUCUUGGUCAGUUGUAAAAGUUGUCGUCUUUUUUUUUUUUUUUUUUUUUUUUUUUCAAACAGUGAUUGUACUGUCAGUGAAAAUAUGGCAUCAGGAGACCAAAACAUAAUCAAGUGUAAGUCUUAAAAUAUUCCUCCCACAUGAUUUACACACAUUCAAAUUCAUUACAACACAUUUUUCAAACAUAGCGAAAUGCACACAAAAUAAUUGAAAGCAUCUUAAAAAUGGAACUGACGAGCGCUAUAAACUGCAGAUUUUAUUGAUGUUGCGAGAAUUUCUGCAACAGAAAGUUAGAUAUGUUUAUCAGAAAAACAUACAAUGUAGCUGUACCUAUAAGCAUAUAUAGUAUUUUUCCUUUUAAAUUACACGACGAAUGCCAAUUUUCUCUUUUCUCCAUUUAUUUAUAAAACACAAUUGACUGUAUAUAGAGUACACAAUAAAAUGAAUACAAAUGAAUUAAA